AUGGUGAACACCAAACACAUGCACGAGCUAGAGGCAGGCCACAACGCCGACGACAUGGCCGAGACGGUGCUCAUGAACUUCCUGCGGGGUGACACGGGGCGGCUGGCACGCGGCGGGGGCCUGGGCACUCCGGGCGAGGGGGGCGCGCUGCCCCGCUGCCGCCCGCUGCAGCUGGCCUCGCAGAAGGAGGUGGUGCUGUACGCGCACUUCCGCCGCCUGGACUACUUCUCCGAGGAGUGCGUGUACGCGCCCGAGGCCUUCCGCGCGCACGCCCGCGACCUGCUCAAGCGCCUGGAGGCGGUGCGGCCCUCGGUGGUGCUGGACCUGAUAAUUUAUCCUACCACUCUCUCUCCCCUACCAGGCAUCGCUCAGGAAUACCCCAAGAUUCUGAAUGGCACCAAUGGACCCAAUGGCUUUCUCCCAGGGGGCUACACCUGCUUCCCCCACUCUCAGCCCUGGCAGGUGGCCCUACUAGUGAGAGGGCGGCUGCUCUGUGGGGGAGUCCUCAUUCACCCCAAGUGGGUCAUCACUGCUGCACAUUGUCUGAAGAAGGGGUACACAGUUUACCUGGGCAAGCAUGCCCUGGGGCGUGUGGAGCAUGGAGAGCAGGUGAGGGCGGUAGUUCGCUCUAUCCCCCACCCCGAAUACCAGAGCAGCCCCACCCACCUGAACCAUAACCAUGACAUCAUGCUUCUGGAGCUACAGUCCCCGGUCCAGCUCACUAACCGCAUCCGCAUCCUGCCUCUCUCCCACAACAACUGCCUACCCCAGGGAACCUGCUGCCGGGUAUCUGGUUGGGGCACUACCAGCAGCCCCCAGGUGAAUUACCCCAAAACCUUACAAUGCGCUAAUAUCCAACUGCGCUCGGAUGAGGAGUGCCGUCAAGUCUACCCUGGGAAGAUCACAGCCAACAUGGUGUGUGCUGGCACACCAGAGGGCGGCAAGGACUCCUGUGAGGGUGACUCCGGAGGCCCUCUGGUCUGUAAUGGAACACUGUAUGGCAUCAUCUCCUGGGGUGACUUCCCCUGUGGGCAGCCCAACCGACCUGGUGUCUACACUCGAGUCUCUCAAUACAUCCUGUGGAUCCGGGAAACAAUCCGGAAACACAACGGCAAGUGGAUGGAUGUGACACAGACAGAAGCCGCUGAGAUCCAGUAG